AUGGCAAGAAGGACUAUGGCAAGAAGACUGGGCAAGGAGAAGAACUCGGAGAAUCUUGCUGGCAUGGCACAGUCAAGACCAGCAUGCGGCCCGGCAAUACCGCUACACCUCGGCAAAUCCUCUCUGGUCGAGGCCUACACGGACUAUGGAUGUUUGGAGAUACAAGGCAAGCAAUGGGCCUGCAUCUCCGGUCUACCAGCCAUGGGGGCCAUGGCUAUUUGA